AUGCUGGCCGACUCUUCCGUGGAAUCUUCAGACGACUCUGACAACACCAACUCAGACUCUAGCUCAGACUCGAGCAGUUCGGAUGAUGACUCUGAGUCGUCCUCAUCCGGCUCUAGCUCCAACUCAUCUAGCUCUUCAUCUUCCUCAUCCAGCCCCUCCUUAUCCCUGCACGAGACGCGUCGACGCACCCGCACCAUAUUUCAAUCCUCUCGGCUCUUAACCUGGGUGCAAGCCCAGCUCAACGAGAUGUACUCGCGUCGGUAUCAAGUGCCGCGAACACGGUUGAUUCGGCCUCGGGGCACGCUCCACACCUGUCUGCGGGUCUGGAAGCAUCGACAGCCCAAUGACUUUCACGGGGAGCUGCGCAUCUGGCCCACGACCUUCGACAAACUACUCCACAAGAUCAAGAACCACCCCAUCUUUUACAACGACUCCAACUCGCCCCAGAAGCCCGUUGAUGUCCAACUGGCCGUUGCACUGUACCAGUUUGGACACGACGGCAAUGCUGCCUCCCUCCAAUCCGUCUCAUGGUGGUCAGGACUGGGCAAGGGCACGAUUCCGCGUUGCACCUGUCGUGUCAUCACAGCCAUUUUGGGCAGCGGUAUGAUGAAGAAGUAUGUGCACAUGCCAACGCCAGCCGAGAAGGAGGAGGCAAAGGCAUGGGUGGAGAAGACAUCAGGGUGUCGGGAAUGGAGAGAUGGGUGGUGCAUGGUUGACGGGACGCUAAUCCCGCUGGCGACACGGCCACCAGCGGCGCUUUUCCCCGAGUACUACGGCAGUGAUACAUCGAGCUCAAUGUACGGUGGUAGUGGAUCAGGCCCAAUGUAUGACCUUUCAACCAUGGAGAGCGAUGAUGGAUACCUUGGUUCAGGGCUCUUCGAGGGCGGAAAUUUUGAUCUGAGCCAGUUUGGAGCUGGGCCCUCAUACGGAGAGUCAUAA